UUGAUAAUUUGUUCGAACACGUACACUGUAUAACCAGUCUUGUAUUAUCUUGCUUAUCAGCGCAUUGUGUUAUACCAACAUGGUUUGUAUUUUAGAUAAACAUUAAUUAUAGUUUUCCUUUGAAAGUAGAUUAUGAGAUUGCCCGUUUUUUUUUCAGAUAAGCGACCUGGUUAGAACAGUAGUUGGAUAAAGUUCGUGCAAUUAAAUAAAUCAGCAUUGAAAGAGUGCAGCGUCUGCGUUAAUCAACACAAUACUCAGCAUGGUUGUCGGCACGGCGUGGAUAAUGACACUGACUCUGUAUAUGAAUAUCAACUGCAGAAUUACAGAUUAUUCCGAACUUGAUUUGAAACACUGGAGUUCGGGUUUGAACAAAUCAUAUGUAAACAGCAAUGUAAAAUUCAAGGCUCACCCUCCUCCCUCUCGGGGAAUUGCACACGAUCCGCAGCCUCUAAAGGCCGAUUCUUUUCAAUAUGAUAAUCAGUUUCUAAGUUGAAUCUAACCAAGUGGCCUCUUUUGUUCCUUUCAUCCUGACUUUAGCAGCUCAGAAGCAGCUGGCCGUUCACUUUUAACAAGGAACCCGGCUUCUGAAUGUGGCUUCGGCUUGCGCGGCCAAAACUUUGAGCCAACUUUUCGAGCACCGGUAGAAGACGAAAAUUAUGGACGUUUUGCAUGGGGUUUGUGUAGAAAACAGUGACCAGGAUAAAAGAUCGGCGAAGAAAAAGAAAAUACGAAGGAGGAAGAAGAUGUUGACAGGGGUCAGUCGUCAGAGAAGAGCUGCCAACACAAGGGAGAGACAACGGGUUCAUGGAGUCAACCUGGCUUUUCAGGACUUGCGUAAGCUCCUGCCGGUCCUGUCUGAAGUAGAAGUGUCGAAAAUCGAUAUCCUCAGGCUGGCCGCUAAGUGGAUAGCUCAUCUCACCACCGUGCUGCUCCUGGAUGAUCAAAAACAACAUCAGCGCGAAAACGGCUUGUCGGUGGAACUAGGCGAAAAACUGACGGAAUUGACUCGAGUCUGUGAAGAACUGGCGACAGACUUUAUCAUCUGUCAGACUGAGGACCCGCUGUACCUCGGCGGUUGUGCUAUUGGUGACUUCUCGAGUCUCCGUUCUUUCGCUGGUCAUGAGAUGUCCCUGGAAAAUGGCUAUUUUUCUCCAUGCUUGCACUAGACGGACCAAGCGUGGUGCUGAAAGUUAAGUACGUGUCAGUUUCUCCCAUGUUUAGCCCGUGAAUGGGUUGAAACUGACACAGGGACUGCAAAGAGGCGUCAAUCAGGCCAUCAUUUGCAAAUCUAAUCAAAGGCGUUUGAUCAGGCCGAGAAUGUCAAAAAUAUUUCUUGAUUAUAGAAUCAUUAUGUUGUGUGUUGGUAUGGAAGCAGACCACUGAGUUCAAAUGCGGCUGGAUUAUUUGAAGAAAUGUAUUAAAUCACUUUGAUGUUGAGUUUUCUGAGAUGAUUUGGUUAAUGUUAUCCAGGAGGGUUAGUCCUGGAACGGAUCUACAA